UCAGGCUUGGACUCCUUGAAGAAUCCUCCCGCUGACUGGCCAUAUCCGGCGCAUGAUCUCCGAGCAAGGCUAGCAGAAGUGAAGUCUAGGGUCAAGAACAAAGAGUACGGGAACGAUUACGAGUUCCAAGUGGAGUUGUUCGAGAAGGUGUUUGCACCUGCGCACAGUGGACAUUUGAUCUUCUAUCCUGACCUUCUCGUAAACCCAUGGUACUGGAGUAGAACGGUAUCCUUGGUAUCGGUCAGCAAGGAUGGGUCCGCAUUGCCCGAAAUCUUCUUCCGCGACGAUAUCUUGAACUCUGUUGUCGAUGCUUCGCCUUUGUCCAAGAUCGAUGGGCAAGAUGCGCAGAAGUUCAUUGAAGAUCUCGUAUUUCGGGCAGCCUCACAAGAUCCCGAUGCGGGCUACAACGCCAUGUUUUACAAUAAGGCAUAUGUGGCGGCCCAUAUUUCGAACGGCGGUUACUUUGCUCAAGGUGGGCGCACAAGUAAUAUCUACCCGGGCGAGAACACAACCUACACGUUCGAAAACGGCACGUCCAUCACAGUUGAUAAUGUCGCUCUGCUGAAGUGGGACUUCACUGGAGCCACAGACAACUUCUUUUUCAUCAAUCGAUACGCCGGAGGAGGUAGCAAAUUGUCAAGUCCCAUCAAGAUUCCCAAUCAGCCUGCAGGAUACCCGACGGCAGUUAUUGCAACGAAAGAUGGCACGUUGGCUGGCUACUAUCUCUCUGGUGAUGGUCUGGAUGAUGUCGCAGUGCUUAGCGUACUUUCUUUCUCGCCCAGCAGUGUCGUCGAAUAUCAAGCGGUAGCCGAAACUUUCCUUGCAGACGCGAAACGCUACGGCAAGAAGAAGCUUGUAGUCGACCUCAGUGCCAACAAUGGAGGGUACAUUCUCUCGGGUUACGACCUCUUCCGGCAACUCUUCCCGCAGACUGAGCAAGUCGGCCUAACGCGCUUCCGAAAUAAUGAUGUCCAAGAUAGAGCCAUCAAGAUCAACCAGAAAAUCGUGCCCGAAAGAUUUGACCCAAGCAAGGGCGCCAUGGAAGAAGUUCGAGCGUACGAGAAGAGCUGGAAUUACCGACAUGACUUGGACAUCGAUGGGAAGAAAUUCCAGAGCACGGAGCAGAAGUGGGCAGAUCACAAGGUUGGGGAGUCGAGCUACAGCUCGCUGCUGCAGUGGGAUUUGAAUGAUCCGUAUUUGACCACGAAGGGUCCGGUAGCGUUUGGGACGGAGAUCACAGGGUAUGGCAACAGGACCAAUUUCACCCAGCCGUUUGCUGCGGAGAACAUAAUCAUACUUACCGACGGAUUUUGUGCCUCCACAUGCUUUCUUUUCAGCGACUUCAUGAAGCAGGCAAAGGUCAAAUCCAUAGCCGUUGGAGGAUUACCAAACACCAAACCCAUGCAAGCGGUUGGUGGCGUCAAAGGCGGUGAGCUCGCCACCUGGGAUACGCUGUAUCAAAGAGUGUACCAGGACGCUUUCUACCUUUGGCAGACACAGAACAUGUCUGAUCCCGACUACGUUUGGAUGGACAACACAUUCUUAAACCAUCGAGAAUACAUAGGAUACACCGCGACAGCAGGCGUCAACAUCCGCGACGUCGUCCAGCAGGAUCACGUCGAUGACGGGCUCGCGGCGCAAUUUGUGAGGGAGGAAGCUGACUGCCGGUUGUUCUACACCAAGGACAUGAUCGUUGAUGUGGAGAAUGUGUGGAAAAAGGCUGUAGAUGUGGCGUGGGGGAAUGGAAAAUGUGUCAAUGGCGGCCUGUCGAAAGGGAGUGCAUUGAAGACCCAGAGCGCGGAAAGGCAGACGGCAAAGCCUCGAGACAAUCCAUUGGAGGUGUUGAGAACACCAAAGAUAUUGGAAGUGCAGGAGGAGACCGUAGAGAAGAACGCAGCAUGGCUGAGCUUGCAUGGGCAGCCUGCCCUAGAAUAAGCUAGUUCUGGAACAUCGGAAGAAGCCUAC